AUCCUUAAACCCUACACAAGCCUUGUUUCCUUUCGUUCAAUUUCCACUUGUCCCUUUCAACUCUCUAAUGGCCUCUGUAAGAAACAAAAUAAACCCACUUCUCUGCAACUUACCGUACGUUCUCACAUGGCGAAGAUUUGGUUUUCGUACAAUCUGCAGUGGUCGUCUAGGCUUUGCGCCGUCCACAUCGCCGUCAAUGGCCGAUACAGAUACUCCUGUUGCUGGAACGAAGGUUCUCGAGACAUUCGCUGAGGAAUUUGAGAUUGGAUCACGCAAAAUUACUUUAGAAACUGGAAAGAUUGCGAGGUUUGCUAAUGGCUCUGUAAUUUUAGCCAUGGAAGAGACGAAAGUCCUCUCUACUGUCGCUUCAUCUAAAGGCGAUGCAAUUCGUGAUUUUUUGCCUCUUACAGUUGAUUACCAAGAGAAACAAUUUGCUCAAAGUGUUAUUCCGACAACAUACAUGAGAAGAGAGGGUGCUCCAAAAGAACGUGAACUUUUAUGUGGUCGUCUUAUUGAUCGACCCAUAAGACCACUUUUUCCACCUGGAUUUUACCACGAGGUGCAGGUAAUGGCAAGUGUGCUUUCGUCUGACGGGAAACAAGAUCCAGAUAUAUUGGCAGCUAAUGCAUCAUCUGCUGCUCUAAUGUUGUCAGAUAUUCCUUGGGGUGGGCCAAUUGGAGUAAUACGUAUCGGAAGGAUUUCAGGUCAAUUUGUUGUAAAUCCAAGCAUGGAGGAGCUUAGCAUCAGUGAUCUUAACUUGGUAUAUGCAUGUACGAGGGAUAAAACUUUGAUGAUAGACGUCCAAGCUCGUGAAAUUUCUGAAAAGGAUUUGGAAGCUGCUUUGAGACUUGCUCAUCCAGAGGCUGUUAAGUAUCUUGACCCUCAAAUUAGACUCGCAGUUAAAGCUGGUAAGCAGAAGAAAGAGUAUAAGCUGUCUAUGGUAUCAGAAAAAACAUUUGAAAAGAUUCAGAAUCUGGCCAAAGAACCUAUAGAGGCUGUUUUUACAGACCCUACUUAUGGAAAGUUCGAGCGUGGAGAAGCUUUAGAAAAAAUCACACAGGACGUUAAAAGAGCUCUUGAGGAAGAAGGUGAUGAGGAAGGCCUAAAAAUUCUACCAAAGACAGUUGAUACAGUGAGGAAGCAGGUUGUUCGCAGAAGGAUCAUUUCAGAAGGGCUUAGAGUGGACGGAAGGUGUCUUGACGAAGUUCGGCCUUUGUACUGUGAAGCUGGUAAUUUACCUGUAUUACAUGGAUCUGCAAUUUUUUCAAGAGGGGAUACUCAGGUCCUUUGCACUGUUACCCUUGGAGCCCCUGGGGAUGCUCAACGUCUGGAUUCACUGGUCGGUCCUUCAAGCAAGCGUUUCAUGCUGCAUUAUAGUUUUCCACCGUUUUGUACAAAUGAAGUUGGCAAACGAACUGGCCUGAAUAGGCGUGAAGUUGGUCAUGGCACUCUUGCUGAAAAGGCUCUGCUUGCUGUAUUACCUCCUGAAGAUGAUUUUCCAUACGCAGUCCGAAUUAAUUCUGAAGUCAUGGCAUCUGAUGGCUCGACAUCAAUGGCAACUGUCUGUGGAGGUAGCAUGGCUUUGAUGGAUUCUGGCAUUCCAGUAAGAGAACAUGUAGCAGGUCUGUCGAUGGGGCUUGUUAGUGAAGUUGACCCAUCAACUGGUGAAAUCAAGGAUUAUCGUUUAUUGACUGAUAUUCUGGGUCUGGAGGAUCAUCUGGGUGACAUGGAUUUUAAGAUUGCUGGUACCCGUAAUGGUGUAACUGCAAUACAAUUAGAUAUUAAACCUGCUGGAAUUCCUUUGGAUAUCGUAUGUGAGAGUCUAGAUCCUGCACUUAAAGGGAGGCUUCAAAUCCUUGAGCACAUGGAGCGUGAGAUAAAUGCUCCACGUAUUCAGGAUAACAUAUAUUCUCCUCGGCUAGUUACGUCAAAAUACAGCAAUGAUGCACUUCGUCGCUUGAUUGGUCCUGUUGGUGCUUUGAAGAGGAAAAUUGAAGAUGAAACAGGUGCACGGAUCUCGGUUAGUGAUGGAACACUUACUAUAAUUGCCAAAAAUCAGUCGGUGAUGGAGAAAGUACAGGAGAAGGUUGAUUUUAUAAUUGGACGUGAAAUUGAGAUUGGAGGCGUAUAUAAAGGUAUUGUUGUAUCUGUUAAAGAAUAUGGCGCCUUUGUGGAGUUUAAUGGUGGACAACAGGGCCUCUUACAUAUUUCAGAAUUGUCACACGACCCGGUUUCCAGAGUUUCAGAUGUGGUAUCUGUGGGACAGCAACUUUCUUUAAUGUGUAUAGGACAGGACGUUCGUGGUAAUAAUAAUUUAUCAUUAAAAGCCACCCUGCCUAGACCUAAAUCUAAGACAGACAUUUCUGUUGAUGAACCUGUUGCUCCUACUAGUCAAGAGGUUAAUGUUUGGGCUGCCAUUGAGGAUGUAUCCAAUGAGCUAGAAAACCAAGGUGCUACUGUGGGACCUGAAACUAAUGAUUCAACUUUGAAGUCAGCUACACCAGCAGUUCUAAUCCGAAGUGCGGCAGAGUGUGAUGAGGAGGAAAAAAGCGAUGCUCUGAAUUUGAAAGGUGAUAAUGGAUCUCAAAGUGCUUCUAAAUCUGAGAAGAAGACAAGGAUACUGUCCUCACUUUCAGAAUCCGGUUUUUCUUCUAGAAGUGCGAAGAAGUCAAAAAGAAGCAAGGAUGCCAUUCUUGACCUAAUAAGUGAUGAUGAAAGUGAGCAGAAACAUACUCCAGUAGGCCUGCAUUCUCAAAUUGGGUCAGAUAAGGAUGAUGCUACGCCUGAGACCCCUAUGAGUGCAAACAAACUAAAGCUUGGCAUGAGAGUAACAGCAAAAGUGCAUCAAAUUCGUGCCCUUGGUUUGGUGCUUGAUUUGGGUGGUGGAAUUCGGGGAAUGUAUCGUUUUGAGCCUGGUAUGAAGAGGGACUUUGAGGUAGGUGAUGAGCUGCGGGUGAAGUGCUCAAGUUUUUCAACCAAAGGGAUUCCAGUAUUGUCUUUGGUGAAAGAAGAGUAAUUUAAGGCGCGCUAUUAUACCAAAGUAAAGCAUAAAACUGCAGGCUGUAAAAAAUGUCAACUAAGAAAAUUGACAGGGAAUCACAAGACACCGAUGCUUGAAAUUUGUUUCAAGAACCUGCAUUUCUCAGAGCACAUGCAGAUAAUUGCUAUGAGUUGGAUCGUGAGAAUAAAGAAAACAGAAGGCCUCCUAAAAUCAGGUAGCCUCCCGGAACAGGGUUGUUCCCAGGCCUUCACCUCUGGUCGGUUUUAGUCCUGU